CUUAAAAGCAAGGCUGUUUAGUUCGAAUAAAGCUAUCUUUGACUGCAGUUUACUGACACCGCUACAACGUGUUUUUAUCGCUGGCUGUCCAGACGGAAGGUGCUGAAACGCUUUGUCGCGUGUCUGGAAGAAGUGAAAACUUUCCUGGGCAGCAAAGGGCUCACCUUUCCUGAGCUGGAACAGCCAGAGUGGCUGGAAAAGCUACACUUCAUGGUAGACAUGACAGCGCACCUGAACACGCUGAACACAGCUCUUCAGGGGAAAGGACGUACAGCCCUGCACAUGUUGGAGGAUGUUUUGGCAUUCGAGAGCAAGUUGACAGUGCUUGCCAGAGAUUUACAGAAAGGCACUUUGUCUCACUUCCCCAAUUUGAGAGAGUUCAAACAAGGUCACGACAUGAUAAUUUCGGAGUAUUUACAUUCUGCAAUCAUCGCAAUGCAAACAUCGUUUGGGAAACGCUUCUGUGAGUUCAGAGAGGAAAAAAACACAUUAUCCUUCCCGGUCACUCCCUUAAGCAUCGAUCCUUCCCUACUGAAUACGACUGCAUUGGCAGGUGUGAGUCAACCUGAUCUUGAGAUGGAACUGGCCGACAUAGCCGACAAAGACAUAUGGGUGUCCAAGUUUAGACGCUUGACAGCAGACCUUGAAGAUGUUGCCCGUCAGAAGGCCGUUCUUGCUCAGAAACACAAAUGGAGUGAUAUUGAAAACCUCACAGAUGACAGCUUGCGAUCCUGUGUAAAGAUGAAGGUGACAUCAUACAGCCCUGAUGUGCAGACGCUGUGCGCUGAGGUCCAGGAGCAGAAAUCCCAUUAACCAAGAUGACAGCUGGCUGACGUUAUUUUUGGUUUGCUGCUGGCGGAAAAUUUAAGUUCGGCGUUUUUCAUAAAUACAAGAAGGACUCAAAUAGACAUUGAAUAUUUUACUUAAAAGUAACUUUCAACCCAACGUCUUUUUUUCGGAGUUCAAAAUGUUUUUGUUGCAUGCAGAAAUGUAAUUUCGUUUUCUCUGCAGGAGUUCAUCAAUUUCAUAAAUGCAACACAUUAUAGUUUGUUUAUACAUAGCAUAAAGGCAAAAAAAAAACGUUGUAUGCAGUGUUAUUUCAUUUUAAAUGUCAAACGGGUUUUGCGGCUCCCAGUGUUUUCUUUUCUGUGGGAAACGGGUCCAAGUGGCUCUUUCA